AUGGGAAAGGUUGCUGAUCUAAAAGAAUUUGAUAGAGGGCAGAUUGUAAUGGCCCGACGGCUUACAACGAGUAUCUCCGAAACUUUACGAUUGGUAGGUUGUUCACCAUCUACUAUUGUUAGUAUUUGUACAAAGGGGAUAACUUAUGGUGAAAUCAGCAGUAGACGCCAAGGUGAUGGACAUCUACACAUCAUCAAAGAAAAAGAACGUCAGAGACUGUCCCGCUUGGUACAGCAAAGUCGGCGCCAGACAGCGGCUCAGUUAACAGCCCAAUACAAUGCAGUUCCAAGUACAAGUGUUUCGGAACACAUAGUUCAGCGGAUACUAUUCGAUAUGGGACUGCGCAGUAGACGUCCCACUCUUGUGCCCCUGUUGACCACGCGUCAUUGUCAACUACGCCUACAGUGA